CCGAUUCGAAGGCUCAGCUGGCUGCCAUAACACUCAUCAUGUCCACGUUCGAGCAGAUGUCCUGCUUCGGUGAGGAGAACGCCGAACCCCUCCGUACGAAUUGUGCUCUGGCGGCGUCCAAGCUGCUGAAAAAGCCGGAUCAGUGCCGCGGUGUGGUGGCCUGUGCAGCACUCUUCUGGAGCGGAAAGCAAAACGGCGAGGAGAUGCGGGACGAGAAGCGCACUCUGGACUGCCUGAAGAAGGGCGCUCGCAUUGCCUCGCAGUGCCUGGACACGGGAGUGCAGGUGCAGCUGUAUGUAGAACUGCUGAAUCACUAUCUCUUCUACUUUGAGCGCGGCAAUUCACUCAUCACCGUAGCCAUGCUGAAUCAGGUGAUUAGUGCGCACUCGGAAAAGCAAAACCCCAGGGGUCUAAUGUAAAUGUUUCCU